GCGAGCUACCUGAGCUUGCUUGCUUGCCAUGGAGAACCCCUACUACGCAAGCUUCCUCAAGAACCACCGCCGCCGCUACUACUGCUUCUCCGCCGCGCCGUCACCGUCGCCGCCGAGCGCGGCUUACUCCUCCUCCUCCUCCUCUUCCUUCCCGUUCUUUACGACGGCCGGGGUCACCGCGACCUCGGCGGCGCCUCCCGCCGCGGCGCCAACGCCUCCUGCCCCGCCGUCGCCUCCGCUCCGGGAGGCCCUGCCGCUGCUGUCCCUCACACCCGCCCCGCGCGGCGCAUCGCAUGAGGAGCAGGAGCGGCGGAGGGGGGGACAGGACACCGACGAGGACGACGAGGAGGAUGAGGAGGAGGCGCCGGGCACGGCGAGCGGCGGUGGAGGUGGAGGUGAUAGACACCAUCGGCGCGGCCGCCGCCGCAGUGCGGGGAGGCUCUUCGCCGACCUGAACUCCAAGGCGGGGGACCCGAUGGAUGUGGAGGGCGACGGCUCCGGUUCCGCCGCGGCGGCGGGGGACGUCACGGUCGCGCUGCACAUCGGCCUGCCCAGCCCCCCGAGCGCCGGCGCGGCCGACCUCAUCUCGGGGCUCUCCGCAGCCGGGAGGUCCGCGCGUGGGGAGGACGACGACGACGUCGGAGGAGGAGGAGGAGGAGGCGCCGCUGCUAGCAGGGACGAGCUAGGCGACGGCGAGGCCGACGCCGCUGCGCCUCUAGGGUUCGCGUCGACGCCGAUCGGGCGGCUGAACAAGGGGCAGUACUGGAUCCCGACGCCGUCGCAGAUCCUCAUCGGCCCGACGCAGUUCUCCUGCCCCGUCUGCUUCAAAACGUUCAACCGAUACAACAACAUGCAGAUGCAUAUGUGGGGGCAUGGGUCGCAGUACAGGAAGGGGCCGGAGUCGCUGAGGGGGAUACAGCCGACGGCGAUGCUGCGGCUGCCGUGCUACUGCUGCGCGGCGGGGUGCCGGAACAACAUCGACCACCCGAGGGCGAAGCCGCUCAAGGACUUCCGGACGCUGCAGACGCACUACAAGCGGAAGCACGGGCUGAAGCCCUUCCUGUGCCGCAAGUGCGGCAAGGCCUUCGCCGUCAAGGGCGACUGGCGCACCCACGAGAAGAACUGCGGCAAGCUCUGGUACUGCCUCUGCGGCUCCGAGUUCAAGCACAAGCGCUCCCUCAAGGACCACGCCCGCGCCUUCGGCCACGGCCACGGCGCCCUCGGCGGUGCCGCCGCCCUCGACGAGGACGACGACGGCGCCGUCUCCGACCUCGACCACGACUCCUCCUCCUCCGCCGCCGCCGCCGCCGCCGCCAGAUCCCUCUGACCACCUUGUACAUGCAUGCGAAUCAAGAACCAAUGUGUACGUACUACUACCGUAUACGAGCUGAUCGAUCGAGUACGUUGCUCAUCGAUUUCGCUAGCUAGAGCUUUCUUGCUGCUGCUGCUGCUGCCGUUCGUGAUUGUCUUCUUCUCUCGUGGUACUGCGUGGUAGAUAGCUACUGUUCAUAGGGGGUGUCGCCAUCUCGUUGGGGCGUACACGCCUUGUUCUCUUGUUGAUUACACGUACUAGUGCGACGAUCCGUGAUCGAUCUGGUACUAGCUCUCAUCGCUUUGUGUUAGCUAGCUAGCUAGCCUUUGCUAGGGCGAUCUCAAACUGAUCGCGCCUAUAGCUUUGUCGCGAUCGUGGAAUCGAUCGAUCGUGUCUUAAGAUUUUUUCUUUUUGUCAGCUUUGAUUUAUUGGUUUGGCUGCUGUACUUAGUGUGGAGUACGUGGCCUGUAAGCUGUGCAUAUAUUGCCUGUGAAUGCAAUGUGUGUGCACGUGUACGUUCGCGCCCGUCGACGUGUCGAUCUGCUCGAUUUGUUUCGAUCGCUCUCUCGUACUUUUCGUUGAUCCAGAAUGCUGCAUUGCAAUUUAUAAGGCCGUGAUGUGCGUCAAUCCAUUUGCUUUAUUCUUUUUCAGAACAUGUAGUACAUGGGAGUUUUUGUUUUACCAUAUAUUUGUCGAAAGGAUCAGUGCGUAAUUUCGGUCCUUAAAAUGUACCAGGAUGGAGUCAGCAAUAUCAUUGAGCCCGAGUGAGUACUGACCGAACAUUUUUUUUUUCUACAUGUGUAAAACAACG